UCAGUGGUCAGUACAAGUCCUGUGAUAGCGAGACAAAACAAAACACACCAAAAUGUUCAAAAUCAUCGCCCUGCUCGCCGCUCUCAUCGCCGUGUCGGCCGCCAAACCCCUUGUGGUGAGCGCCCCCCUGGUAGCAGCCCCCGCCCCCAUAGUAACUGCCUCCAGCUCGCAGUACUACCACCGGAUCAACAACGGCUUCGCAGCAUACGUAGCGGCGCCCGCAGCAUACGUCGCGUCCGCCGCCCCUGUUGUAGCGUCCCCGUACGUAGCGUCGCCGUACGCUGCGCCCUACGUUGCCGCCCCUGCCGCCUCCAUCGUUGCCGUUUAAAAUGACUGACUGAUGCUGUUUGACUUGUGAUAUUAUGAUUAAAUAAAAUUAUUACGU